AUGAUGCAACAACAGUCAACAACAACAUCACAAGAGACCAUAACAACACCAACAACUUCCGAUGCAUUGUCACGAGAUGAAAUCGAAUAUAAACAGAAGGAAAAACAGCAACAAUUCGAUGAAGAAAAAUCAUUGACAUCUCCGACAUCUUUUACUACCACUACUUCUCAACAACAACAACAGAAGCAAACUUUGGACAAUAAACAACAAGAAAUUAAUGAAAGUAAUAAGACAUUGAAUAGUAAAGAAUUAUCUGGUCCUAAUAAAUCAAAUAAAUCGGAGAGUUUGGAGCAUCCCAUGUCUAUCAAGGAAUUUCUCAAGAUUACAAUUCUUCCUCGAUGGUAUUCAGUGCCCAACAAGGUGAGUGAAGCAAGAGAUAUGUUGGCAACAGAAAGAACCAUGUUGAGUUGGUAUAGAACUGCAUUUUCAAUUUUGGGUGUUGGAAUUGCUGUUUCGAGGAUGAAAAAAUCUGAUGGUUCUGUAAUUCCAAAGGUUGUUGGAGCAAUUUCAUGUUCACUAGCUAUGAUUUUAAUCAUGUAUGCUCAUUUGAGAUAUUAUGCAGUUAUGAAAUCUCUAUUCGAAUAUCACUUUUCUGCUGAUACAUUAUCUCCUCCUUUCAUUCUCCUUAUUGGCUUGCUAAUUUGUGUCAUUGCUGUUCUUUUAUUCUUUGUGUAA